ACGGCGAAGAACAUUUCCCCGAAAAACCCUAGAAUCCCAAAAUAGAAUCCCAAAAGGAGAAAGAAAGAGAAAAUGGAGGACACGAAGCCACCACCAUUGGGAGGAGGUAACAAUCCUCAGCAGCAGCAGCAACAACAACUUCUCUAUCAACACCAAUUACAACAGCGACAACAACAAAUGCUUCUCUUGCAACAAUUGCAAAAACAACAACAUCAACAACAGCAACAAGCAGCAAUGUCUAGAUUCCCAUCGAACAUCGAUGUCCAUCUCCGUCCACCGGGUUUGAUUCAGAAUCGACCCAUUAAUCCUCCGCCUCAGCAGAAUCCUCCUAACCCUAACCCUAAUUCUGUCUCUAAUUUGGGACAACAUACACCAAAUUUUCAACAGCAGCAGCAGAUUGCAUCGAGCCAGCAGAUGAUGCAGCAGCAACAACAACAGCAGCAGCAGAAAUUGAUGCGGCCAUUGAAUCACAUCGAGCUUCAAUGCGCGUAUCAGGACGCUUGGCGUGUUUGUCACCCGAAUUUUAAACAACCUUUCUCUUCUCUUGAAGAUGCUUGCGAGAGGUUAUUACCUUAUCAUGUCGUAGCAGAUUACGAAGCAGAAGAGGAUGAUAGAAUCCUUGAUUCAGACCCAACAGGCCAAGCCUUAUCCCGCUCUCAACAAUGGGAUAAUAACAUUGCUGCUAAAGUUGCUGAAUUCACAGCAACGUUUGAGAAGCAAGCCCUAGCUUUUAACAUAAUAACUCGAAAGCGAGCAAUGGGUGAAUUCAGAUCUGAGGAAAGGUUGAUGGUAGAACAAGCUUUGCUACAAGAAGAGAGGAAAGCGUUGUUUGAACUGAAAGCAGAAAUGGAUAGGGAGAAGGCUGGCCGGGAGGCUCAGGAGGCUAAGCUGCGGAUGGCGGCUUUAGCUCAAGCUGGACAGUCUCAAUCACAUGCUGAGAUAAUGGCUCGUAACCCAUUGAGGGCUAAUGCGGUUGGGAAUCAGGGCAGUAAUAUUCAGCUUAGCCACGAGAUGGGAGAACAGGGACGUAACAUGAACCCUGAUGAGAUGAUGAAUGGAUGGGGAAACAACAGCCAGAGAGAGGACAAGGAACCUUCAGAAGAUUUCUUGAAUGAUGAGGAGAAUGAGAAUGGAGAGACAGGGGAACAAGAAAACUGGCGUGAGGCAGGAGAAUUUGAUUUGAAUAGCCGGUCAAGUAUAUGGGUAUCUGAUAGUCAGACUCGAAGCCUAAUGCUCUUACUCUGCUGCUAGCUGAAUUACCAGAGGAUGGUUUCAAGCAAGCAUUGAUUGUAUCUGUUUAAUGUUUUGUAGCUUAAGUUAGAUGUGUGCAUUACAUGUUGAUGAUUAGUGUCUUCUUGAUACAUGGAGAUAGAGAGGCUGGUUAUCUAUAACCGAAUCUUGUAAAAGGUGCAAGAGAUCCAGAUAAUAAAUAAAGCUUAGUAGC